AAAUGUGAGCGGGCGCCGAGCGCGGGGCAGCUCCUCCCGGCGCAGCGCGGCGGCACCGCCGGACAGGGGCGGGCAGCGCCCGGGCCGAGCCCCGCACCCCCGCCCGAGCCGGCUCCCCAUCGUCCCCGCCCCCGCGCCGCGGGCAGCGAGGCCGGGCCGGGCCGGGGAGCGGAGCGCGCCGCUGGCGGCGGAUCGGGGCGGGAAGAUGUCGGGCCAGUCCAUCACGGACCGCAUCGCGGCGGCGCAGCACAGUGUCACCGGCUCGGCCGUCGCCAAGGCCGUCUGCAAGGCCACGACCCACGAAGUCAUGGGGCCCAAGAAGAAGCACCUGGACUAUCUAAUCCAGUGCACAAAUGAGAUGAAUGUGAAUAUUCCACAGCUGGCCGACACACUUUUUGAGAGGACUGCCAAUAGUAGCUGGGUAGUAGUGUUCAAAGCUCUAAUUACAACACACCACCUCAUGAUGUAUGGAAAUGAGCGCUUUAUCCAGUAUCUUGCAUCCCGAAACACAUUGUUCAAUCUGAACAACUACCUGGACAAAAGUGCCAUGCAGGGUUAUGAUAUGUCAACCUUCAUUAGGCGGUAUAGCAGAUACUUGAAUGAAAAAGCACUUUCUUAUAGACUUGUAGCAGUUGACUUCACCAAAAUGAAAAGAGGGAUAGAUGGAGCAAUGAGAACAAUGAACACAGAAAAACUCCUGAAAACCCUCCCGAUUAUUCAGAACCAGCUUGAUGCGCUCCUUGAUUUUGAUGCAAAUCCAAAUGAACUAACGAAUGGUGUAAUUAAUGCUGCCUUCAUGCUCCUCUUCAAAGAUUCCAUUAGGCUUUUUGCAGCUUAUAAUGAGGGGAUUAUUAACCUGUUAGAAAAGUAUUUUGAUAUGAAAAAGAACCAGUGCAAAGAAGGUUUGGAUAUUUACAAAAAGUUCUUAGCCAGAAUGACCAAAUUGUCAGAAUUCCUCAAAGUAGCAGAGCAAGUUGGAAUUGAUCAGGGUGACAUUCCAGAUCUUACUCAGGCACCCAGCAGUUUGCUUGAAGCAUUGGAGCAACAUUUGGCUUCUUUGGAAGGGAAGAAAACAAAAGAAGUUUCAGCUGCCAGCAGAGCAAGUACCCUGUCCAGUGCUGUUUCCACACUUGCCAACACAGGAAUGUCAUUUAGCCGAAUGGAUGAGAAAGAGAAACAGCAAGCACUGGAGGAGGAACAAGCUAGACUGCAAGCACUUAAGGAACAGCGAUUGAGAGAGAUUUCAGUGGUGUCAAAUUCCACUUCUACAUCAGCAUCUCCAAGCACCUUGUCGGGGAAAAGUGUUAAUACAACUUCAGCUGUUGACCUCUUUGCAGCACCAGCACCUACAACCAAUAGCAUGCCCAACCUCUCUACAGAUCUCUUUGAUCUUCAGCCUGCCUUUGUUCCAACUGUACAGAGUACUCCAGCUAUAGCGACAUCAGCAAGUAAUGCAUGGGGAGGUCCUUUCUCAUCCUCAAAUGGUUGUGUUGGUUCUCCACCCUCUCUGGACAUCUUUGACAUGAAGCCAGUUGAAGAAGCUGUAAAAUCUACCACCCCUUUCAUCAAUUCCACGUUUACCUCCAAACAAACAGUGGAACUGUUUAGUGAUGAUUUUAGUGGUCAUAAACCUACAUACACUUCUGUAUAUCAUCCUUUGACUGUUGAUGGAUUUCCUCUUCAGAGUGCCACCUCUUCAGCAAUUAAUGUGGAUUUUGAUGCUGUGUUUGGGGGAAAGUCUACAGUACCUGAGUACAGGGCUACAAGUGAUGAUGUAUUGCAACCAACUGUACCAACACACAGUCAGAGACCAGUACUAGUCAGUCAGAGUGGAAAAAUUUUAGCAAAUGACCUUGAUUCUUCGCUUGCUAACCUUGUGGGAAAUCUUGGCUUUGGAGGAACCCCAGCUAAAAAGUCAGACAUGCAGUGGACUCAGCCUACGGAGAAAAAACUUACUGGUGGAACAAACUGGCAGGCAAAAACAAGCACAUCAACCACAUGGAAUCCUGCCCCUAUUCCUCCUGUUCCACAUAUAGUACCUGCUCCAAUGACUUAUCCAGUUACCACACCUCAAGUGCCUGUGUAUGGGAUGGUACCAACUCAGAUUGCACCGGCUCCUUUGAUGGCACCCCAGCCAAUGAUUUAUACACAGCCAGGCCUACGGGCAACAAAUCCCUUUGCACCUGUUUCUGGAACUCAGAUGCAGUUUAUGUAGAGCCACCAAAGCAUCAAGAUACAUUAACAACCAAAUAUUGGUAAAAAAAAGAGACUGAAUUUUCGAUCUUCUUACAAUGCAGUCUUCAGCAGGGCAUCUACCUACUCCCUGUUCAGUGUAAAAAAUACUUUUGAAUGGCAGUGCUUUAGAGAUUCUUGUUUAUAACAGUCACUGUGGUAUGGAAUCAUGAUUGUUCAUUGGUUUUAGACUGUUUGGUUAAAAACUGAAAUCUUUGAAGCUAAAGGUCAACUAAGUUUAGAAGAUGAGAAGAAUCUGACUUGCACCUUCUGAAGAGGGGCUUACAUGAUUGUUUUGUAAUUUUAUUCGUCAACAGAUUGCCUGUAGAAAGUUAAUUGAGGGUAUCAUAAUUCUAUUUAUUUUCUCCCUAAACUUUGUGGCUGUUGUAAUCAAGGCAAGACUCACAUGAAGUUGAGCAAUAAAACUUUCAUAUGCUCUAAUAAAGUACUGAUAGAGUAAUGCUUGCAUUAUCAUAUAAGGCCAAUAUUGUGUGAAAUCAGACAGCUCUUUCUCACUAGAAUAGCUUCUUGUAAUUCAUAAAUUUUAUACUGUGAGUUUUAAAUGCUGUGAAUCAAUUAUCUAACAAUAUAACAGUAUAUGAAUGAAAAUAUUAACAGAAAACUGGUCUAUUGGCAUUAUGUCAGUGUUACAUUGCUAGCUGAGAGAUCCAGGCUUUGGCAUGAACUUGGAAUCUGUCUCCAAGCAGGGGAAGCUAGUAUGUCAUAGAAGAGCCUGUGCAGCUUCUUAACAGAUGGCAUUGGCUGCACUUCCUUACAGCAUCUAUCCUGUGUGCAAAUAGCAGCAUCAUUCUUAGUUCUAGGAAGAGUUGCCUUCAUGUUACAGUAAAACUAGGCACACCCAACAGUAGCAAGCUAGAGGGAAUAGAAAAUCUUGUUGCCAACCACUAAACAGGAGAUGACCUUUCAAAAUUUGGGUAACUGUGUUUUUAAAAAAAGGAAAAGUAGCAGUGCUAGCUUCUGAGAACCAGGACUUACCUUCCUGGUAUUAUCAAGCCUUAGAGAAUGGCUUGUUCCACUUGUUCCAAAACCCAACCCAGUCCUUACAAAUGAUAAUGAUAAUUAUUUUAAAUGUGUUGAUGUGUUAAUUUUUAAGUACACUAUUUAUUUAAUGCUGCAGUAUUUCUUGUGUAGUAAUAGCAAAAGGGAAAUGCUAUAUUAAGAAAUUUGCAUUUCUCAUAAAAGAAAAAUCUCUUAAAUCAUUAACUAUGAAAAAUGUUACUGCAGCCUACCCAAGUAUACCCAACAACUUCAAAAGAUGGUGAGGUAUUUUCAUGUUUAUUAAACUAUUCCACUAAAAAUCAUAAGUUGUUAGCCAUAUACAUGGCUAUUUAUAUAGCCUCAUCCUAAACACCUGAAAAAUAAAAACAGCAUUAAAGUACACAAAGUACACAAUUCAGAAUGCAUUUUCUAGGAUUUUUAGUGAUAGAAGUGCUCUCAUAAUGUCUACGUGUAACUGAGAGAGAAUCUUAAACUGUUUUGUCCUGAGAAGAAAACUAGCAGACCUUUCUUAUUCAUAUUGGGUGUUUAUACACAUGCUCCAGGGAGCGGGGUGGGGGAGCCACUCUAAUUAAAGCGCCCAGAGCAUCAUGUGUAUCAGCAUCCCUGCCUACUGAAAAAUGGUGGCAGGGGUGCUUUAACUAAAGCUCAUUGAACAAGCUUUAAAGUGCCCCAGCCAACAUUUUUCAGCACAGGGACACUGAUGCAUAUGCUGCUGGAGUCUGUUGGAGCUCAGUAAUUACCACGCAAUAAUUACAGCUCAUUGGAGUGGCCUCAGUGUACGUGUAUAGGCGCCCAUUGUUUCUACAGCUGUCCCUUCCUGUUAGUGAUGACCAUGUUGUUUUGGGCCUGUUGUUAGCAGCGAUAUCAUGAAGGUUACAGAUGCCAACAUGUCAGUUGGUGGAUCUUGCCAAACUGUCCUAGAAGGAACCUUUGGAAAAUACAGCACUUAACGGUAUUCUGUAAAGCCCUUUUUCUCUUUAGGUAUCUUUGUGUAUUAAUUUUGUGCCAAGUGUGCAAGAAAAACGUACUUAUUUCAUAAAAAGAUAUAUUUUGUCAAACUAAACAUGAUUUUUAAAAAUCAUUUUGACAUGUAUUUGAAAUUUAUAACCAUGGACUUUCUAUGAAACUAAAUGUUACAAGUGGAGCAGAAGUAUUAAGCCAAAACUCUGGACACUUACUGGCAGAGAGAGAAACUGACUAAUAUAUAGGGAUUAAAUAUUGAAAUUUGAAUUAUGAAGGGCUUUUAGUUUUAAUCAGCUCUUCCUGGGUUAACCAAAUGUAUGAUUGUAUUUUAAAAUUAACAUGUUCUCUAGCAUGUGUGGUGUUUUUUCCAUAUACUGGAGAAACCUACCUGAAACUUAAAAUAAGAUAUUCUUUUUUUUUUUACUUUGUACAAAAGUAAUUGAAUCUACUCAAUACAGAAAAUCCUCCUUCUAUCUUAAAUCCAGGUUAGAUCAGUACAUACGAUACACAAUUGUGUUGUUUUUAAUAUAUAGUAGCACAACAAUGACAGUGCCCAAAAGGUUGUGACUAGCUAGUAUUUUGCACUGGAAUGGUAAUAUUCUUUUCCACAGCAGAUUAUUUUAUAGCCAUAUUAUUCAAUUACGUUUUAAAUUAUUUAAAUGAUUCACACUAAAAUAUGCAUAUGAGUGACCUGAAAAUGUACAUUGGCUGUAACUAGUCAAGAUUUGCUUUCUGAAUAGCUAGAAUGUACUUGUUCUCUACUUCCUUCAGUCAGAAACAGGCUUAUUUUUAGUACAGGUUGCUGUACUUUUUAAAUUUAUGAUGGAUUAUAGAUUUUUUUACAGGGAUAUCUUAGAGUGCUUUCUUGUAAUCAGGCUGUCUGAUACCGAUUUAGUUUAGUAUUUUAAAAGGAAAAUACAGCCACAACGUACAUCUUCAAACUUUAUACGCUACUUUCCCUUUAGUCAUGUUCAGCAUAUGUUGAUGCAUUUGGAGACUGAAGCAAAACCCAUAUGUAAGUUUAUCCUUGUGAAGAAAAGAUUGCUUAGCAUACUUAUGUCUUCACAAAAGUGUAUAGUAAUGCUUUUAUUAACUACUUCCUUGUGUACAUAUUGGAAUGUGUAAAAUGCUGGAGUACCAUUUUUAAACUACAACAUAGUUUCAUAAAUAAGGAAUAAUGUAACUCCAAAAAAUUAGGACACUAGCAAGAUUUUUAUGGCUCAGUAUUUGCACUUCAACCCUCUGAAAGAUGCUUUGAUUUACAUCAGUCUCGAGGAUGGAAGUAUUUUACUGUACAAAGAUCCUGUGAGUGUUACAUGCAGUAGCUGUGACAAAAACAAGGCAGUGAAGGACAUGGGGAGGGUUAAUAAUACGCAUGUAUACCAGUGGUGAUCAACCUACGGCACAUAGGCUGGAUCCAGCCUGCAGAGCUGUGCCAUCUGGCCCAUGGGGUUCCCCAUGGGUUUUGAAAUUUGGCAGCAGGGGAGCAGUGGCAACCUUAAUUGCUGCACCUCCCACCACUUUCCCCAUUGCUGAAUUUCCAGACCCAGGAGCCACCUCAUGGGAGAAAGGAGAGAUGCAGAAAUGGUCACUACCCUGUCUAUCAUGGUGGCCCUGGGUGUUAAGCUGCCUUGCUAUGCCCUUGGGGAGUCCCCUGGGCCAGAUAGAGCUGGUGUGCAGCAUCUGAUGGGCUGGGCGGCACAGCCUGUACCACUAAUGAGCCCAUUUUUGUGAGCCCUCCGGGUGUUGAUGUUCAGAGUGCUUCAGAAAGCAGGUCCUUGAGGCACUUCCUGCCCCUUGUUCCCUAAGAAAGGGGAAGGGGGGUGGGGUGACAUAUGCUUGCAUUUUUCUAUGCCUGAUGCAUUUGGCCAGGAGUUAUUUUGGCCACAUAAUUUGGGCUUUUUAAUGCUGUUGGAGUUGUUUUGGCAAGCUUUCUGUUUCUGAUGGGGCAUUCUAGGGAAAAAAAAAAAUGUGUGGGGGGGGGGAAUAAGAAAGCAUGGUGAUUAUUGGGCCUCUGAGACUUGAAAGUGUCCCUUUUUUAAAAUACCUGCUCCUUUUUAAUGUUCUUUAGACAUAAUUAAUGACUGUCUCCAGAAAGUUCUCUAUUUUAAUUUUUUUAUUUCAAACUAAAAUUAUGUAAUAGAGGAAUUUUUAGUUCUGUGCACAUAGUGGUGGAAAAUUUGUAGGGUUAAAAAUAGUGAGCAAACUUUUGUAAAACAUUGAAUAACCUCUGACUGCAAGGUUGAAUACAGGGUGUGUCCAGAUCUGUUUUUUGAUGUGUGGCAGGGAGGGGGUGGGUUACAAUUUUAGACUAGUAUGCACUGUGGAUCGGUGCUUUAUUUGUACAUAAAAGGGAAAACUUUUCUUUUGGGUAGUUUGUAUUGUAAGGACAACAUCUAAAGGCACUGUGUACCAGUCAUUUAUUCCAUUUUAAAGAUUAUAUUUUUUGAGUAAUGGAAACUGUACAUGUUAUCAUUUAUACAUUUAUCGGUAAUUACUUAGGGAAAUAUAAAAGGUAUGUUGCUAUUACUCUGAAGAUGUAUUUGAUUUUUGAUUGUCAUUUAUUGCUAAAUACAUUGCUGCAUCGCUCUUUUUCCACAAGUAUCUUGUGCAUUUAUUUAAAGAGAUUGUAAUAGCUGGUGCAGUUUUUCUGAAAACAGAUGUUACAUUAAGAAUCUGCUUUUGGUGCAUCUCAAACCCGUAGCCUUGUGACACAAGGUUAAUCCUGAACCAAAUAUUUGGCUAGGAUGUCACUAUAAAGAGCACUGGCAAAAUAGGUGCUGAACAGACGCUCAUUUGGCAUUAUUUAUUUAACAGGUGUUUUAUCACUUUAUACAUUUCAUUUUCCCCAUAUAACAGGUUUGUGCCUUUUAUUGGGUAUUUAUUUAAAAGGAGCUUACUAUAAUGUUUUUUUAGACACGAAGAUGUCUAAUGUCAGGUCUUUACAGGUUUAUUCUUAUAUGGCUGUUCUUUUCCGUUUUACAAAAAUUAAUACGGAAUGUGAAAGUGGGGGCCAUCCACUAGCCAUAAAAAAAAAAGUAGAAAAAUUUAACGAUUAAAAUUCUACAAAAUAAAACAAGUUGCUAAAGCACAAGACUGGCUAUGUUGACAUUUGAUUGUGGCACUUCACAAUUUUGACAGUAUACAAAAAAUGUUUUGGGUUUUUUUUUAAGAUUUGUUGCUCAGAAUCAUUCAUUUGUUAAUGAAACAGAUUUUGAAAAAUAAACUUUGGCAAUAACA